AAUUCAAUCCUAAAUCGAUUUAAAUCAACUGAUCAUCAUCAUCAUCAACAAAUUGAAAUUGAUUCGAUUCGAUUAAAGUUGAUUUUAUUUCUGUCGUCAUUCUGCCUUUGUUGUUGUUUCGUUUCAUCAUCGCUUUCUCUCUCUCUUUUCAUCGCAAAAUCGAUUGCUUUUCGUUUCGGAAAGGAAAAAUUAAUUAAUUAAUUUUUGUUUCUGUCGUCGCUAUCUCAAACCCAGGAAUCGCCAAAGUGUUAAAAUUCUUUGAAAAAAGGGAGAAAAAACAUGGAAAAAUCAUCCGAAUCAUCAACAUCAUCAACUUCAGAUCCAUUAUCAUCAACGACAACAACAGCGAAUCUUGUGAUUCCAAUCGAUACGCAACAACAACAACAACAUUAUAAUCAUAAUCAUGAUCAAAUAAAAGAGGAAAAAUUAAAAAAACGACCACCAUUAUAUGAACGGGAAAUAUCUGAAUUAAGUUUACAAUUUCGACAAUUUUUAUUUGAUAAUUAUUUUUUUAGAAAUUUAUUUUAUGCUAUAAUAUUUGUUUUAUAUAAUUUAUAUUUGGGUUAUGCAAUACAUAAAUCAUGGUUUAAGACUGAAAGUUAUUGUGAUGGUGUAAAAUUAUUAACAAUAAUAACAACGAUAGUUUAUUUAAAAUUAUUUACAAAACUAUUUAUCCAACCAUAUUUAUGGCCAAUAAUUUAUAAAUUAUUCAAUCGUUUAAAUGAAAAAUUUAUUUCCGAUUCAUUUCGUCAAACAAUUCGUUAUUUAUGUUGGUUAUCAACAUUAUCAACAAUCGCCAUUAUAAUUGGUUAUCGUUGUUAUAAACAACCGGAAAGAAUUUAUUCUGUUGCCGGUUAUUUUGGUUUUAUUUUAAUCGGUUUUAUUGGUUCGAAACAUCGUAAACAUAUCAAUUGGAAUCAAAUAUUAUGGGGUUUUACCGUACAAAUAUUAUUCGGAAUAUUCGUGUUACAAACAAGAAUUGGACGAUUAUUAUUUCAAUGUAUUGGUGAUAAGAUAAAUACAUUUUUAUCAUAUACAAAAUCUGGUACCGAAAUGGUAUUCGGUUAUCUUGUUAACGGUCAAUUACAAGGUACAAUGGCUGGAAAUUAUACAUUAAUAAUUGGUGGUGGUGGUGGUGGUCAGGAAAUGAAUGAUUUACAAGUACGAUUACCAUCAUUACCAUUGAUGAUACAAAGUUCAAUAUUUGCUUUGUCCGGUAUGCCUGUCAUAAUAUUUUUCAGUUUUUUCGUAUCAAUACUUUAUUAUUAUGGUAUAAUGCAAAUUAUUGUUAAUAAAUUUGGUAAAAUAUUACAAAUAACAAUCGGUACAACUGCUUGUGAAUCAAUAUCAGCAUCGGGUAAUAUUUUUCUUGGAAUGUGUGAAAGUCCAUUAUUAAUCAAACCAUUUUUACCAUCAAUGACAAAAUCUGAAUUACAUGCAGUUAUGUCUGGUGGUUUUGCUACAAUUGCCGGAUCGGUUAUGGCUGCUUAUAUUAGUUUUGGUAUAUCAGCAACACAUUUAUUAUCGGCUAGUGUUAUGGCAGCACCGGCUGCAUUAGCAUUAUCAAAAUUAUUCUAUCCAGAAACGGAACAAUCCAAAACAACCGUUAAUGAUAUUCAUUUGGAAAAAGGCCCAGAAAGAAGCGCCAUUGAAGCCGGAUCAAAUGGAGCCAUUUCAGCUGUCAGUCUUGUAGCAAGCAUUUUGGCCAAUCUAAUUGCAUUUGUUUCAUUUUUAACAUUUUUGGAUGCUGUUAUUGAAUAUUUUGGCAAAAUGAUUGAUAUUGAAUUAAGUUUUAAGAUGAUUUUAUCCAAAUUAUUCAUACCAAUUGCAAUGAUGUUAGGUGUUGAAUGGUCGGAUGCUGAAUCAAUUGCCGGCCUAAUCGGUAUGAAAAUGUUUAUCAAUGAAUUUGUUGCAUAUCAACAAUUAUCUGAAUAUAUUGCCAUCGGUUCUAUAACGAAUCGUUCACAAACAAUAGCUACAUUCGCUCUGUGUGGUUUUGCAAAUUUAAGCUCAAUCGGUAUACAAGUUGGUUCAUUAAGUACAUUAGCACCAUCAAGAUCAUCUGAUUUAGCUGAAUUAGCAUUUCGUGCAAUGUUAACUGGAUCGAUUGCCUGUUUUACAACUGCUUGUGUUGCCGGUAUGUUAAUCUAAUCAUCAACAUUGAAUCAUCGUCAUCGUCAUCAUCACGAAUCUACCAUCGUCAUUCCCAUUAUCAAAUUAUUAUUUAGAAAUAUUAAUCGACAACAUAACAAUGUGU